AAAAAUCCUCGCUGGCCCGGGGCUGAGGGGCCGGGGGUGUGGGCGGCACGGGGCGGCCCUCCCGGCUCGUCAGUCAGGCGUCUGCGUGAGGCCGCGGGGCCUCCCGCCGCUCGGGAGCCGCGGCCGGGCCGGUCCCUGCCCGCGGCGGCGAGGGGCGCCGGGGCGUCCCGGUCUCCGGCACGGGCAGCGAGCGGGGGGGUGGCUCCGGGCCGAGGUUUGGGUGCGGAGCAAAGGCCGGCUGGGGACGAGCGUUGGCGCUCGGCAGAGCCGCGGUGAUGUGCUGCACGCUGCCGACACCGAGGUGUUCUCGGUGAAGGGAACGUGUUCCUGCGGCCGCAGAAACUGGUUGAGAACUUGUGGACAAAUGCAUAGGUUCACGCAUUCAUAUUGUGAUGAAGAGUGAUAAAGAAAUUGUUGGAACACUUCUAGGAUUUGAUGACUUUGUCAAUAUGGUGUUAGAAGAUGUUACAGAAUUUGAGAUUACACCUGAGGGCAGAAGAAUCACAAAGCUAGACCAGAUUUUGCUAAAUGGAAACAACAUAACAAUGGUGUGCAAGGGAAUCACUGGCUUUGUUAAGCACUCCAUAAGCUGGUUCAUACAGUGGCUUUUAACUCAUGAGUGUUUGCCUGCAUAAGUGUGUAGAUGGAAUGCAUCUACACUUUAUCCAUUAUUGUACAUAUAAAUGUGUUUGCAGCAGUUUGGAUGCUUACAAGCUCGUCAAGUUGUUUGGCAGUUAUGAUACCAUGUGAUGCCCAGAGAGCUGUACCUUUACGUGCUCUGAAAAAAUCCCAAGGUCUGUUGGAUUAUACCAAAUCAGAAGCACUAUGAUUUUUAGUUUAUCAUCUGCUGAUGUAUGUAGAUCAGUACUGAAACAGUAAUUAAAUACUGUGAUUAUGCAUCCCUAAGCUGAAUUCUGCAACUUCCUAAAUACCACAAAAGCA